AUGGACAACCUAGCCGAACCCAGUCCAAAGGAUAUAGAGGACUUUGAAGGGUACUCAUCAAGGGCAGAAGACGCAAUAAGCAUGGCCUUCGACUACACUUUACAACUCCGAGCGCGCAUACAAGUCUUCCACUCCUACGAUCGUCGCAUAGUAAUAGGGUGUUCGUGCUCCGACCAGUUUUCGGAUCAGGGCACCCAACACAUUGCCUAUGCCAAGGGAGAAGCUAAAUCUAUCUCACCAGGAUUGUACGCCAACUUCUACGAAUUCUACGAGGACUCACAAGUUUUCCUACACAACCACUGGAUGGACGUUAAGUGCACUGACGGCAGAUGUCUACAAGUAACAUGGACGAACUCGCUCUGCUUCGAACUCUACAUGAAGGAAAAGGCGCCUACGGCAAGCUGCCUGGAGAAUAGCCUCACCCUAACGAUGGACGGAAUCGAAAGGCAACUCGAAACUGCUGCUAUUAUUCGCUCGACUGGACGCAUAUGA